AUGUGUGGUAUAUUUUUGAAGGCAGUGACCUAUGAUGAUGUGCAUAUCAACUUCACUCAGGAAGAGUGGGAUUUGCUGAAUCCUUCCCAGAAAAAUCUCUACAAAGAUAUGAUGCUGGAGACCUAUAGGAACAUCACUGCUGCAGGAAACAUUUGGGAAGACCUUAACACCAAUGAACAUUGUCAAUGUUCUAGAAGACAUGCAAGGAAUGAAGAAACACAUAGCAGAGAAAAAUGCUGUGAAAUUAAGCAAUGGGAUGAAGUCUUUUCUUAUUACAAUCAUCUUGAAAUGCAUAAAAUAACACACACUGGAGAGAAACCCUAUGAAUGUAAUCAGUGUGGUAAGGCCUUUGCUCGACCCAGUACCCUUCAAAUACAUAAAAGAACACAUACUGGGGAAAAACCGUAUGAAUGUAAUCAGUGUGGUAAGGUCUUUGCUGAAAACAGUACUCUUCAAAAGCAUAAAAGAACACAUACUGGAGAGAAACCCUAUGAAUGUAAUCAGUGUGGUAAAGCAUUUGCUCUACAAGGUACUCUUCAAAACCAUAAAAGAACACAUACUGGAGAGAAACCCUAUGAAUGUAAUCAGUGUGGUAAAGCAUUUGCUCUACAAGGUACUCUUCAAAACCAUAAAAGAACACAUACUGGAGAGAAACCUUAUGAAUGUAAUCAGUGUGGUAAGGCCUUCGCUCGUCAUGAUUAUUUUCAAGUGCAUAAAAGAACACAUACUGGAGAGAAACUCUAUGAAUGUAAUCACUGUGGUAAGGCCUUUGUAACUCAGACUAAUCUUCAAAAUCAUAAGAGAACACAUACUGGAGAGAAACCCUAUGAAUGUAAUCAGUGUGGUAAAACAUUUACUCUCCAAGGUACCCUUCAAAACCAUAAAAGAACACAUACUGGAAAGACCAUCUUCUCUAAUGGCUGUGACAUCCAGAUACAUCUGAGACAUUCCACAGGCUCCACAGAGUACCUGCUGCUUGUCAUCAUGGACUGUGAUCACUACCUUGCUAUUUGUCAGCAACUCAAGUACCCGUGCACAUGA